UUAAAUAACAGAUCAAAAACAUUGAGAAUGAUUCUGUGGAGUGAUGUUGUGUUUCUCAUUGGAGGUUUUGUUGUUCUGAUUUACUUCUUCAUCAAGCGCAAGUACUCCUACUGGGCGGAACUUGGAGUACCGUAUGCAGAACCAAGAUUUCCCUGGGGCAACAUCGGUCAAGUGGGUUCGAAGUUGCAUUCAACGGAAUUAUUCCAACAAUUUUACAAAAGAUUCAAGGGAAAAGCCCCUUUCAUGGGAUUCUAUGUUACAAUAGCACCACAAGUUCUUGUUAUAGAUCUGGAUCUCAUACAGAGAAUAUUAAUAAAGGACUUCCACUAUUUUCAUGAUCGAGCCCGGUACUACAAUCUCAAGGAUGACCCUAUAUCAGGAACACUAUUCAAUAUUGACGGAAAAAAGUGGAAAACUCUACGAACGAAGAUAUCACCUACCUUUACCAGCGGCAGAAUGAAGAUGAUGCUUCCGACAGUGAUUGAUGUUGCUCAAAAUCUUCAUAAAACUCUAUUUGAUAAUAUCAGUGAUAAAGCUGAGAUUGAAGUUAGGGAUUACCUUUCGCGUUUUAGUACUGAUGUUAUAGGUUCUUGUGCAUUUGGACUUGAUUGCAACAGUCUCAAGGAUCCUAAUGUCAAAUUUCGUAUCUACGGUGAUAAGGCUUUUGGAAUGAGUUGGUGGCGAAAUAUAAAAUUAAGCUUCGCAGAGUCGCACACAAAAUUGGCUCGUAAAUUGCACGUUAGAUUAGUAGCUAAAGACGUGUCAGACUUCUACCGGGGAGUUGUAUUUGAUACGGUUAAGUAUCGAGAAGGGAAUGGGGUUCAACGGAAUGACUUCUUAAACUUAUUGAUGCAGAUCAAGGAUCGUGGGACCCUAGAUGGCAAUACUAUCGACACUGAAGGCAAAUUGACUUUAGAAGAGAUUGCUGCUCAGUCUCUAGCAUUUUUUCUAGCGGGAUAUGAAACAAGUUCAACUACCAUGACAUUUGCCUUAUACGAAAUGGCAAAGAAUCCGGAAAUUCAAGAGAAAGCUCGGAAGAAUGUAGUCGAUACUCUGGCUAAAUAUAAUUCAGAAUUUACUUACGAGGCAGCCAUGGAAAUGACGUAUCUCGAUCAGGUUAUCAAUGAAACGUUAAGAAAAUAUCCAUCAGUGGGAAAUUUGGCACGUCGCAUCGCUCUUGAUUAUGAAGUACCUGGGACUAAGUUUGUCUUGAAGAAAAAUCUCAAUGUUAUUAUUCCAAUCCACGCAAUCCAGAAUGAUCCAGAAAUAUUCCCAGAUCCAGACAAAUUCGAUCCAGAACGAUUUUCAGUGGAAAAUUCAAAAAAUCGACAUAAUGCUGCAUUUUUACCAUUCGGAGAUGGCCCGAGGAAUUGCGUAGGCCUUCGUUUUGGUAUGAUGCAGGUUCGGGUUGGCUUGGCGACUGUUUUAAAAAGUUUCCUCAUAGAAACCUGCUCACGGACACCCAACCCGAUUAUUCUUAAGAAGAAUAGCAUUACGAUGUCCCCUCAAGGAGGUAUGUGGCUAACUCUCAAGAGAGUUUCCGAAUAA